AUGGCCGUUCACAACCACCUCGACCCCGACCGUCGCGAGAUCAGGCUAGUCCGCCUCCGGCAGCCUCAUGCGACUUUCACUCUCUCCCUCGAGCUCCGGACGGUGUCGUUGGGCGACGAGGAGGCCUCAUACAGCGCGCUUUCGUACGUCUGGGGCAGCUCAUCUGAAUUGCACCAGAUCGAGAUCAAUGGCCAGCCCUUCUUUGUCACGCAAAACCUGCACGAUGCCCUGCAACAACUCAGUCGGAAUGGAGUCAGCGUGUGGCUCUGGAUCGACGCCAUAUGUAUCGAACAGUCCGACCUGGAAGAGAAGACCCAUCAGGUCGGCAUGAUGCGUGACAUCUUUAGCAACGCCGCGACGGUGUACAUCUGGCUCGGACCCGGUACCGAGGAGACAGAUCAGGUGAUGGAUAUCGUUUCCAAAUAUGGGCCCAGGCUUUAUGCGUGUAAUGCGUUAGAUCUGCCGUCUAACGGUGAAAAGACGUUAAGUCUACGCAAGUUUGUCAUGGGUCAGCUAGAACCUGAUGAGCAAAGCACCGUCGAAAUGGGCCCGGCGACAGAAAUAGCUGCCACCGCCGUGGACUUGUUCACAGAGUAUCAGGAGAACGGCAAAGCCCUGGUUCCAGGUUUAUCUGACAUUCUACAUCGAAGUUAUUGGUGCAGGAUCUGGGUCAUACAAGAAGUCGCCCUCGCACGGGAGGCGGUGGUUAUGGUAGGCGGCAGGAGAGUCUCACUGGACGUGUUUGAUGCCGCAUUAACGACCAUGUGA